AAUAGUAACUUAAUCUAAUAUAUAUAUAUUCUAAAUCCAGAAAAGCAAAUAACUAAAUAUUUAAGUCGUGCAAACAGUAAAAGUAAAUUCUUAUUCGAAAUGUGUGAAGAGACUCCCAUAAGCGACUGCGAGCCAACAACUUUGAUGAUGCACUCAAACUCUUAUCACAUUCAUCUGCCACUGUAUAUCAUGGAUAUGGUGCGCAUAUUUCAGGAUCAUCCCAAAUAUGUGAAUGGCAUUAAGGAGACACAUAUUGUGGAGAUGCUGGAGAAGGAAUCAUUUGCCUGCGGCGAUUUGGAGGCUCAAGUGAAGACAGCUGUCAUGGAUUUGUCGGCCAAGGGCUUUAUACGCUACAUUAAUAACGGCUAUCGCACAUUGGGGCCCAUUGCCAAGUUGGCCAAUGCUCGCAAUGUGCGGCACUUUUGCGCCACCUGGCAGCGCAUUGCCGAACUACAGAAGGUCAACUCCGACAUCCUGGACGGGGGCAACUCCCUAAACAGUCAGCGCCACAAGUGCAACAGGCGUGGCUCCAAUUGUUAGGCCAAAGGCCAAAUGCAGCAGGCCAAGUUUUGUUUGUUUGUUAUUCAAUUUCGUUUAUACGUUGUGUGUUCCCCGCAACGCCCGAACUACUCUAGAAAUUCAAAUAGUUGCGUUCUUGUGUCUCAGUCCAUCAAAAUUAUUGUUCAAACCAAAAAAAAAAAAAAAA